ACUUUUUGAAUUUCAGUAUAUCUUAUCAUAACAUGUUCACUGCGUAGUACAUUCAUCUAGUAAAUUAUUAAGGGACGAAGACAGCAACGACUACAAAUAAAAUGAGCCACCCAGACACGGCUGCCACUGCUCUCAGACUCCACCCGAUAUUCCUCCACUUCGAUCAGCAGCUGCCCGCACGCGCGCUGAUGGGGAAGCCGGCCGAGUCGUCGUCGACGUCGUGGUCUGCGCUGUUCGGUUUCGGUUGCUUCAGCUCUUCCCAUGCCGACCGCUCUGGUGACGGCCCGGGCAAGGUGGCCUCCGCCGGUUCCAGGCCUCCCGCGCCACCAGCACCGCUGCUUUCGCCGGAUGACCUAUCACUGUCGCUGGCGGGAUCUGACGUGCUGGCUUUCACGGUGGAGGAGCUCCGGGUGGCGACGCGGGACUUCUCGAUGAGCAACUUCGUCGGCGAGGGCGGGUUCGGGCCCGUGUACAAGGGCCGCGUCGACGAGCGGGUCAGGCCCGGCUUGCGGCAGCCGCAGGCCGUCGCCGUCAAGCUGCUCGACCUCGAGGGCUCCCAGGGCCACAAGGAGUGGCUGGCUGAGGUCAUUUUCCUUGGGCAGCUGAGGCAUCCGCACCUUGUCAAGCUCAUCGGCUACUGCUACCAGGACGAGCACAGGCUUCUCGUGUACGAGUUCAUGGCCAGGGGCAGCUUGGAGAAGCAUCUCUUCAAAAGGCACUCUGCUUCCCUUCCGUGGUCAACGCGAAUGAGGAUCGCCAUUGGAGCCGCCAAAGGUUUGGCUUUCCUCCACGACGCUGCCAAACCCGUCAUCUACCGCGACUUCAAGACGUCCAACAUCCUGCUGGACUCGGACUACACGGCGAAGCUGUCGGAUUUCGGGCUAGCGAAGGCUGGACCUGGAGAAGACGAGACCCACGUGUCGACCCGAGUCAUGGGCACGCAGGGCUACGCCGCACCCGAGUACAUCAUGACAGCAGGGCAUCUAACGACCAAGAGCGACGUGUACAGCUUCGGCGUCGUGCUCCUGGAGCUGCUAACGGGGCGGAAGGCGUUGGACAAGAACCGGCCGCCGCGAGAGCAGAGCCUGGUGGAAUGGGCGCGGCCAUGCCUGCGCGACGCUCGCCGGCUGGAGCGCGUCAUGGACCGGAGGCUGCCGCGCCCCACCACGCCCACCCGAGCAGCCCAAAAGGCCGCCGGGAUAGCCCACCAGUGCCUCAGUGUCAGCCCCAAAUCCCGGCCCCAAAUGUCCCACGUUGUACAGGCCCUGGAGUCGCUGCUUGCUCUAGACGAUGCCGCCGUGGAGCCGUUUGUGUACACGGCGCCGCCGGAGAGCAGAUGACCUGUGUCAUCUUGUGUAAAAAGCAAGCGCCGGUGAGUCAACAAUCCGAAGGUGUUUUGCCCACAGUAGUCCACUAUAUAUAUAUUUUCUAUUGUAAAAAACAUUAGUUCACGCGUGAGACGCGUACCUCUGUUUUUCUCGCCCCUGGGAAACUUGGUGGCUGCCUCUAUAUUUACACUGAUCUAAUCUAGGCGACAGAUCACACAUA